UGACUGCCACAUAUGGUAGUCCGAGUUAUUGUGUACUACUACUCAGUCUCUCCUACUACAGCCCCUACUUCCACUACCACCGGACUCCGGAGUACACUCGAGUAGCUUGCACCUGAGCGGGCGUAGGGUGCUGCAAUAUUGGUGCUUCUGGAUGUCGGGUUCAUCUGUGCUGCCGUCCCUCUCGUUGCCGAAGCCGCUCCGUCAUUUCUUCGCGCUCUUCCCGCUGUACACGCACCCGCCGGUUUGGUCGUCGUAUACCGCCCCGGCGGUGACAGCACCCACCCUAUGGAUCCACCCCUCACGCAACGAGAUCUCGGAGCUUGAAGACCUACUCAGUCGCGAUGUGGAAUGCUUGAAGUGGCAAGCAUACCUCGCUUUACGUGGGCUCUCCAAAAUACACGUUCGGUGGGAUGUCACGGAGGAUGGUGCGGUGGACGGCCGUUUCCCCAAUCUGCAUGUCCCACUACAAGGCGAUGACGCGGGCGGAGAGCUGCUCGCCGCACAUCUCAUUCCCGGUUGGGUAGAUGGGCAGGUGGGCGGUGGCCAGGGCGAGCUAGAGGGAUAUGCAGACGAGGCAGCGCGUGAUGAAAGUCGCGCAUGGGUGUCGUUAAUGGAGGGCAAUGUCCAUGCAGCAUUGGCAAUUUCUCAGCCACCGCCGUCUAUAUUCGCUGCGCUGGUCUCACCGUUCCCUUCAAAGCAUCGCGCCCUGAACACCAUGCUCAACCCCCCUCCUGCUCCUUUGACUGGCUUCAGCAGCGUCCUCCCACCGUACGGAACUCACGUGGAUCGUAACGCGGUCAUGCUCCAGUAUCGGGAUGCUAUCUCAUCUCUGUCUGAGCGCCUUGGCACGGACAGAUGGUUCCUUGGAUCCGUUACACCGACUGCCUUGGAUGCGCUCGUUUUCGCCUAUCUACAUUGCAUAUUGCACUCGAAGGACAACGCGGUGCGCAUAGAGGUUGCUCGACGCGUCAAUCUGGUUGCAUGGGAGCGCCGCGUGCAGGGGCAAGUUCGCGCUGCAUUUCAGCGCCGUCCGCUUACGUAGCGAUCUCUGUAAGCUUAUGGUAUCUCGGAACCGAGCAACAGGUCUUGUCUUGUGUAGAAUCAUAACCACAAUGUUCCCACACGAUCCAGCAAUC